CGGACCCAGCUCCGCGCCUGCCCGGCUGCUUGCGCUCUUUUCUCCACGCCGUCCGUCGCGUCCCUGUGUCCCGGGAUGCCUCCCAACCUCACCGGCUAUUACCGCUUCGUCUCCCAAGAGAACAUGGACAAUUACCUGCGGGCUUUAGAUAUCAACGUGGUCCUGCGAAAGCUGGUCUGCUUAUUGAAGCCGGACAAAGAGAUUAUCCACACGGGAGAUCACAUGAUCAUCCGCACUAUCACCUCCCUGCGGGACUACGUUAUGGAUUUUGACCUGGGUGUCCAGUUUGAGGAAGACCUGGGACCCGUGGAUGGACGCAAGUGCCAGACAACCGUCUCCUGGGAGGGGGAUCAGCUGGUGUGUGAGCAGCUGGGAGAGAAGAGGAACCGAGGCUGGAGGCACUGGUUGGAGGGGGACCAGCUGCAUCUGCGCAUGACUGCUGAAGACGAGGUCUGCGUCCAGGUUUUCCAGAAGGUGAAAUGAGCGCUCCCCGCAGAGAUGCCCGGACGGGACCCGCGCUCCCCAGUGCGAGAAAGAAAAAGAAAACAAGACCUGAGCGAGCCGAG